GACCCAAUUGUAUUUCAUGUUCCUCAACUCAGCCCUCUCUGCGAGUAACAGGCAAAAAACCCUAUUCCGAUUCUCCAUUUGCAUUUGUUCAAGGUUUUAACAUUAUGGCUACACCGUUGAUAGCAGGCCUUGCAGUAGCGGCAGCAGCGUAUGCGGGUAGAUACGGGAUCCAGGCUUGGCAAGCUUUCAAGGCCAGACCACCUGCAAUGCGGAGAUUUUAUGAAGGUGGUUUCCAAGCCACGAUGACGAGGAGGGAAGCUGCUUUGAUUCUGGGUGUUAGAGAACGCACCCCAACAGAUAAGAUCAAAGAAGCCCAUAGGAGGGUGAUGGUUGCAAACCAUCCAGAUGCAGGUGGCAGCCAUUACCUUGCAUCCAAAAUAAAUGAAGCAAAAGAAUUGUUACUUGGAAAAACCAAGGGUGGUGGGUCAGCAUUUUGAAGCUCGUAGAAGCCCUUCUGCCCAUUAUCUUAAGGCGUUUGUAACAAGAGAAUUUUUUUUUUUACUGGGGAAGAGAGAUUGUUAACGAUUUGGGAGGAAUUUUUUUAUUCUAGAUAAGUUAUGAAAAAGUGUUUGGUUAGGAAAAAAAAAUUUGGGAAAGUUAGAUUAAUUUUACUGAUGUUAUGUCUGAUUGAUGAUGGAAAUGUGAAAUGAAAUUAUCAAAAAAAUCCAUUAUAUCUGAAUAUUGUGUAA